AUGAGCCAUCAUCUGUUUACCGGUGAAGAACAUGCAGCAAAGUAUCGUCUUUAUAGACCUAGCUAUCCAAAACAAUUAUUUGAACAUAUUAUCAAUUAUUAUUUUGAUAGUAAAAUUACAAAUGAAAAAAUUCCACUUGCACUCGAUGUGGCAUGUGGAAGUGGUCAAGCUACAGUAGAUAUCAGUCGAUUUUGUGAACGAGUUAUUGGUAUUGAUGUUAGUGCGAAUCAAAUUGCUCAUGCAAUUCAAAACGAUAAUAUUGAAUAUCGGUGUAAUGUAGGUGAAGAUUUAUCAUUUCUUCAAUCAAAUUCAAUUGAUUUAAUUACAAUUGCAUCAGCAUUCCAUUGGCUUGAUACACAAAGAUUUAUUGAAGAGGUUAAGCGUGUACUUAAGCCGCACACAGGUGUAUUAGCUAUAUGGACUUGUGGAUUACUUACAUUAGAUAAUCCAAUAGCUGAUGCGAUUAUUCAUGAAUUUCAUCAUGUUUUAUUACGCCCAUAUUGGAAUGAAAAACAACCGUUAGUUUUUGAUCAUUAUCAAUCAAUUAUACCACUUUUUCCAUAUCAAUCAACAUUACGUUAUUAUACAAUUGAACGUCAAAUUGAGACAACACUUGGAGGUUUAAUUGGUCUUACUGAAACAGCAUCAAUUUGUCAAACAUAUAGAAAACAAAAUGGUGAACAAGCAUAUCAGGAUAUAUUAAAUACAUUACGUCAAAAAUUAAGUCAAUGUUAUAUCAAAACAGAAGAUAGAGAUAAUAAUGAUGAACCUGUAAAUGUUGAUUCUAUUAAAAUAACUGCAUCAGGUUCCGCUCAUCUUUAUUUAAUGAAAAAAAAUGAGAUUUAA